UGUGCCCGGGGCCCGACGCGGAUCCGACGCCCGGAGCCUCCGGGAGCCGCCAGGCAGACCCUGAGCAUGACCGACGGGCUGAUGAGCAAAGCAGCCACCAUGGAGAUCCCAAUCCAUGGCAACGGAGACUCCCGGCGUCUGGCUGAGGACGAUGGUCUGGAGCAGGACCUCCAGCAGGUGAUGGUGUCGGGGCCCAACCUGAAUGAGACCAGCAUUGUUUCCGGGGGCUACGGGGGCACCGCCGAAGGCAUCAUCCCCACCAGCGCCAUCAAAGGCUCUCUCGUUCCAUCUCACCCACCCCGAAGACCGCUCAUCUCCCCCAGCCCGUCGGCUGCCAGCCGGAUUGCCAGCCAGGCAGUUGCUGCCUCAGGUUCCAAUUUGCACCAGCCGCACUCCAGCCCGGCCCUGGCAGGCGAGGAGGCCACACGGGGCAUCGCGGUCGAGAAGUUUGAUGUUGUCAAGAAGUGGGGCAUCAACACCUACAAGUGCACCAAGCAGCUGCUCUCGGAGCGCUUUGGGAGGGGCUCGCGGACCGUCGACCUGGAGCUGGAGACCCAGAUUGAGCUCCUGCGGGACACCAAGCGCAAGUACGAGAGCGUCCUGGGCCUGGCCAGAGCCCUCACCCACCACUUCUACAGCCUGGUGCAGACGCAGCACGCCCUGGCCGAUGCCUUCUCCGACCUCAGCCAGAAGUCCCCCGAGCUGCAGGAGGAGUUUGGCUACAACGCAGAGACCCAGAAGCUGCUGUGCAAGAAUGGGGAGACCCUCCUGGGGGCUGUCAACUUCUUCGUCUCCAGCAUCAACACGCUGGUCAACAAAACCAUGGAAGACACUCUCAUGACCGUCAAGCAGUAUGAGACGGCCAGGCUGGAGUACGAUGCCUACCGCACGGACCUGGAGGAGCUGAACUUGGGCCCUCGGGAUGCCACCACCCUCUGCCGCCUGGAUGCUGCCCAGGCCCACUUCCAGGCCCACCGCGCCAAGUACGAGAAGCUGCGGGCAGAUGUGGCCGUCAAGCUGAAGUUCUUGGAGGAGAACAAGGUGAAGGUGAUGCACAAGCAGCUCCUGCUCUUCCACAACGCCAUCUCGGCCUACUUUGCCGGCAACCAGCAGCAGCUGGAGCAGACGCUCAAGCAGUUCAACAUCAAGCUGAAGAGCCCCGGAGCAGAGAAGCCCUCGUGGCUGGAGGAGCCGUGAACUGCCAGCCCCCUCCCCCGGCCCGCCCCCUCCCCGGCCCCCUGGCUCCCUUCAUGGACCUGGACUCUGGGGGGAGGGGGCUGAGCUCAGGCGCCCCCCUUACCGCUCCUGUGCCCCCUCGCCACCUUCUGGGGCAGAAGAAGAGGCAGGCCGGAUGAGGAGGGAGCCCUUGCCAGCAGAAACAGUCUCUCCUCUCUUCCCCCCCCCCAGCUUUUCCUGGGGCUGCUUGAGUGGCAGGUGACUCUCGCCCCACCCCAGAUUUUGCUCUUGGCUCUGGAGAAGGGGGGCCCUGCCUCCACCCCUUCCUCCAUGCCACGAGGGCCUGCACUUUUGACACACUCCAUGGUGGGGUGGGGGGUGGGAAACAGCCACAAAAGAGGGGCUGGCAUUUUGGGGAGAGGGGGAAGCGGGGUUCUCCCUCUUGCCACAAGGCAGCUCCAGCCCCACACUACACAUUUCUUGCCCCCCCUGCUGGCAUAAACAGGGAGGGAGGGCGUCAUCCUCUGGCCCCCGGCUGCUGUUCCGCUCCAGUACUUUUCUCAUGGGGGGGGAGUGGAGUGGGGGUCCUGCAUUUGGGCAGCUCUGACCUCUCCCUAGUUGUGCUCCAAAUUGUGGCGGGGAGGGGGAGCUGUGCACAGGGGGCCUCAGUCUGGAUGUGCUGCUAUUGGGGUGGGGGUGGGGGUGAAUGUGAGGAUCCCCAACUGGGAUUGCCCCCCCCCUCUCAGUAUGGACCAAAAAGUAGCAUGGCUUCAGCCUUGCGGGGAGGGGGGGAUUGUGUGUGUGUGUGUGUGUGUGUGUGUGUGUGUGUGUUUUACGGCCAGUACCCCUGUGUUUGUUCCUAGGUGAGGGGGCUCCAUAGGGGGGCGGCAGGGUGAAGGAAUGGGUGCUUCUCCCUGCUGGGUCCCCCAACCCACUCUGUAAAGAAUCCAGAAUAAACGGUACGAAUCAGAA